CAGGAGUGUAACUACCAGCAGCCGGUUGUAUCAGUGAAACGCCGUGUCCCGGAUUUAAAACCUUGAUCCUCUCCUGCCAUACAUUUACUGAUUUAUAAAGUGUAUUCUUUACGAUAAAAAACACGUGUUCAAAUUAUUAAAGGAUGUCGGAAUUAGACGUUUCUGAGUUCGCCGAUGGGGAGAAAGGAAGUGAAGAAAACACGAAACAAGCCGACGGAGGGAUGGCUCCCACCGUGUCUAUAGAGGAGGUUGGAAUUGUCCGACCAAUUAAGGUUGCUGCAUUGCUGAGUAUGAUUAUUGGAGUCAUUUUACUAUCCCUGGCUAUAGCGGCCAGCGGCUGGAUCAGGGGAGAUAAUAAGCAGGAAGGUCUUUGGGCUGUCUGUUACGACGACGCCAACGAGACAGGCGUCAUCAACUGCUCGGAAAACGAAUCACGGAUAGGCUCCUUAGAUUGGAUGGAUGCCUGCCGAGCGCUUUCCAUUGUUGCUUUGAUGGGCGGAUUCUCUGGGUUUAUCGUUGGAACAAUUGGAGUAACUACAUCCGAGUUGAAAAUGAAGCCAUGCUUCUACACAACGGCAAUGGUGUUAAUGUGGCUCUCAUCACUUCCUCUCUUUAUUACGUUGAUCGUAUUCGCCAAGAGGUUUGUAGAGGAAAAUCAGCCGGAGACCUGGUCAGUCGGCUGGCCAUACGUGUUUUCCCUGAUUGCACUAGCACUAUACCUGCUUAGUGCCAUCAUUUUUAUCGUAGACAGAAAUGCUGAUGAGAUCGUAUUGUGUGAGGUCUCUACAGCGACCGAAGAGCAGGGUAUUGAAGAAGAGGCUGUCGAUGUCUAGAAAGAAUCCGAAGGAAUGACGAGUCUCGAGGGAACCCAAAUGAAUCAUGGAUCUAAUAUUACAUAGGAGAUCAAAUAUGGAGUGUACAUGUUCGCGAUCAUUAUUAAGAAAUUCCAGUUUUGAACUCAAGAACUGAAAACAUGUCAAGCUGAAAGUAUUUAAUAUGAUUCCGAAGAACAAAAAAGAAAUAUUGUUAAAGAAAAGAAACUUCUGUUGACCGAAAGCAUGAAAGCUUGAUUGUCAAGGUCAUGUUUGGGUUUGAUUGUCAAAGAAACAGUGGUAUCUAUAGAGCUAUCUUGACAUCGAUGACGUCACGAGUGUAGCCAAUGAGUGUAACGGGAACCAAAGCCUGUAAGACUCACAGACCCACAGUUUACCCUGAAAAAAGAAGUGCUUUGCACUGUACCCGUAAUCAAACUAUCCCCAAACUGCACAUCCGCCCGAGGUGACGCCCAAAUUUGACUGUUCGAAGUGUUGCUGUGAUAUUUUAAUUUCUGCUAUUGUUAUACAUAAAUUGUACGUCGUGUGGGUGCUCCCUAAGUGUAAGAAAAUGUUUGAUCACAAUAUUCCAUUGGAAUCAUCUAUGAACGAACGAGACAACAACUGGACAAUCUUCACCAGCGUGUAUGUAAUUACCAAAAUUAUGUACCUCUACCUACACAAUCAUUUGCACGAAGGAUGCAAAUUUUAUCACAAGAACAUUAUAAUCAUUCAUCCAGAUGCCAGCAUGAAGCCAUGUGAUGAUUAACCUGUAUCUCACAACACUACAGAUGAAGGUCAUAGCUUUUGAUCAAAGGUGAUAAAAUAGGUGAAUGUCUUUUUGAUCAAGGUGUUGACACGUCUGACAGUCAUAGCUUUUUUGAUGAAGGUAAUGACAAAGAUGGCGGUCUUAGCUUUUGAUCAAGGUGAUGAAAUAGAUGACGGUCAUAGUUUUUGAUGGAGGACAUGACACAAAUGACGGACAAAGCUUUUGAUCAAGUAGAUGACACAGAUAACGGUGAUAGUUUUUUUUAUCGAGGUGAUGAAACAGAUGACGGUCUUAACUUUUGAUCGAAGACAUUUGGAAGGACUAGUGAGUUAGUCGAAAGAGGAGUGUUUCUGAGCAAUUAAAAACAACAAAUGAAAUAAUAUCGGUAUAUCCACGACCUAUACAAACACCUGAGAAGAUACAAUACAAAAUAUUUUGGCUAUCCAACCAUUAUCCCACAGCUUCUAGAUUUGUCUAGGUAACCAAGGUAACCAACGAUUGGAUGAGUGCAGGUUGUACUUCGAGAUUUCCUAGGUAUACUUCUCAGGAAGUGUUCUCAAUCGUCACCCUUCCAGAAAACCUACACGUACCAGACAACUCAAGAAGUUGGUGGUAAUAUGGUAUUGGGGCCAGACCGACAUUUAUAUUCUAGUGUGGCAUGUGAUUUAUAUUGUACAUGCUACAUUGAAAAUUUCUAAGGUUAUUUAACACUUAGUUAUAGCUGAUGAAGUACAUGAACUCUUGUUAACAAGAUAAGACGAAGACCACCAACAAUUUAGCAGUACCUAAGAUAAUAGACUCUUAGAAUAACAUGAAGAAUAUAUUUUACAGGAAAAAGCCAAUAUAUAUAUAUAAUAUAAUGAAUUCAACAAAUAUCUAUUAUUUAAAAAAUUAAUCAAUUUGAAUGCAGAAGUGCUUCAAGUAUAUUAAAAAUUAUAUAUCGUCUGUUUGAUUUGUAUCAAGGCCGACUUCAAUCAGAAAAUAGUUUGUAAUAUUAAUAUGAUUUUAGGUGUUCACAUUUUAAUAUAAUAGUAUAAAAUAUCAUUCUCCUGAUAUUAAUUCUCAAAGUCCUGGGAAAAUUGUUUUGAUAGUGAUAUCGAUGACGUCACAAUUAAGAUCACGUGAUCACUGAAUGGUACUUUUUGUCUCGCAACAUACAUAUGAUAUUUUCUGUAUAAUACUAUUAGAGGAUAUAGAAAUAACUCGGACACGUGCUCAGGGAAAGCAGAUAUAUAUUUGUUUCAGUAUGUGCAUAUAUUACUUAAUUAGGCUUCAUUUUAUCAAAGCUUCGCCUCUAGAACGCCUCUGUUCAUAUAAUUGUUGUAAGGUCACCGGGUUAAGUGAAACUAACAUUAUUUUUGAUAAUCGAUAUCAUUAGACUAAAUAAUCAAUUAUUUAAUGUUCAAACAUGCUGUUAUCAUAUCAUAAUAAAUCAAAAUAUAAUUUGUCUCAAAUAAUGUUUGUUAAGUAUAAUAUAUAAAUUCGAUGUUAUAUAUUAACGUAAAAAAAUAUCUAUAGAUUAAAAUUGUAUUGUUAUAUCUAUGCAAUGUCCAUAUAAAAAUGAAUGCGGCUGGUUUCUCUAUCAGACCAGUGUCUAUUAUAACAUAAAGGAUAUAUCGUGUAAUUUAUAUAACGUAUACCGAGCAUGCUAAAGUAUUUAUGAGAUAUAGGGUCGAUGUGACGUGUUUAGUGUUACCAUUAUCCUUUGUAUUUGGUUCAUAUACCAACACAUGGUUAUCCAAAUAUAUUUAUUUCAUAAAUCGUUGGCAUGGCGUCGCAUUGCCCCUGACAAAAACAUUACACAUACCAAUAUAUAUAUAAUAUAUACAUAUAAACUGCCACUGCAGCAGUUUGUAAUCCCCCGUUUGUGUUUUACUCAAUGUGACAUAGACCUAUGUGUACGACAUUUAUGCUGGCUCUGUACCUCGUUGGGGGAGGGGAGGGCAUGGGGCCCUGUCGGGGUGGAUCAAGAAUGAAAAGAAAAUAAAGAAAUCCUUACGUUAUAAUUGUUGCUAUAAUAAAUAAACUGUGUUAGGACGCUCUCUCCUUUAGAACCCGUCAUCGGUAUUCAUGUGCUUGGUUGUAGUUUCUUUGGCGGCAGAUGUCGGAAUGCGUUAUGGCGGUGCGUCUGUUCCGACCUCAUCACAUAUACCUGAUGCACAUGUUGUGUAAAUGUUGUUUCAGUUAUGAUAGAGAAUCGUGCAUUCCUGUUACGUCAUCAUAACUUACCGAGUGAUGUGCGCGUGUUUCUAAUCAUAGCCCAAAAAUUCAAACAUUGACGGACCAGCCUUGUCAUAAUCUAUACGGUUAUUAGUGACCUUGGUGUACUGCUCUGAUAGUAUCGGGACUUUAAAUGGCGACUUUGCAUUAUAUAUGUUUUAAGUUUGGAUGUUUCAUAACAAAAAAUCUCAUACAAAAUGAUACGGAGUAAUCGUGCUACUAACCGAUAUCAGUCUUAUUGUGGCGAAGACAGAUAUUCUCUGUUUGAUGGAAAACAUUAAACAACGUAUUUUAUACUCAAAAUGUUACAUAUCUUGGUCAAGAGGUAGAGACGAGAUACUGUUUAUACGCAAUACACUGCAAAUCAUAGGACAGAAUAAAAAAUGAUGUUUUUGGCGAUAAACAAACAGAUAGAGCACAUGCCAAGUUGCAGUCGCGUCGAGGUGAAUAAAAAAUACACAAAAACAAGACUAUCGAGAAAUAGUAAACAUAGAGACGGACAGUUCGCUGUUUCUGUUUAGGCGUAAAAGUUAGCGUGCUUGUUUCUUAAAGUGCUUGUCGGUAAAUCAUCUGUACUGUUUAUCGUCGAGCUAAACUUAGCCAGUGAUGUUAUAAAUAGACUCGCUGCUUCAGAAACAGAUGUGCAUGACCGAUGCGGGAUAAAUUAACGAAAUCUAUUCGUUAUUAAAUAAAAUAAAAAUUGACAAAUCACCCAGCUGGCAAUUGUUAUAUCUGUCAGAACUAAUUAAUUUGGUGUUGAUAUAACUGUCCGUCGUUUCAUGUCCGUAUUUAGCAGUUGUCAAUUGUUUGAUGUCAGUAUCUAGCAACUGUCAGUUGUCUGAUGCCGGUGUCUUGCAGUUGUCAAUUGUUUGAUGUCGGUAUCUUGCAGCUGUCAGUUGUCUGAUGCCGGUGUCUUGCAGUUGUCAAUUGUUUGAUGUCGGUAUCUUGCAGCUGUCAGUUGUCUGAUGCCGGUGUCUUGCAGUUGUCAAUUGUUUGAUGUCGGUAUCUUGCAGCUGUCAGUUGUCUGAUGCCGGUGUCUUGCAGUUGUCAAUUGUUUGAUGUCGGUAUCUUGCAGCUGUCAGUUGUCUGAUGCCGGUGUCUUGCAGUUGUCAAUUGUUUGAUGUCGGUAUCUUGCAGCUGUCAGUUGUCUGAUGCCGGUGUCUUGCAGUUGUCAAUUAUUUGAUGUCGAAAUCUUGUAGUUUUCUGAUGUCGGUAUUUAGCAGCUGUCAGUUGUUUGAUGUCGGUAUCUUGCAGCUGUCAAUUGCUUGAUGUCGGUAUCUAGCAGUUGUCAAUAUGUGAUGUCGGUAAAUAGCAAUUGUAAAUUGUUUGAUGUCGGUAUCAUGAUUAAAUCUAUUAUAAUAUCUUUACGUGAGCGGAUUCAGGUGAACCUUGUUUUUCUUAAAAUCACAUGAAUGUAUUUACCUAGAUUUUACAUUUCAGUCCUCGCAUACAGAUACUGUCAUGGCGAUUUGUCAAGGUCAUGUCUGAGAGAAAGCACGUGAGCGCGUGAGGAAGGUUUUAUAGUACGUAACAGGCUGACUACAUCAUUUGAAUAAGAUUUAUAUGUUUGGAAAAGCCGUGUUUACCCUUGAAAUCGAUUUAUGGUUUUUCCCUUGGAUAUUUCCAUAUUUUUGUUAUGUUGUUUUUUGAAACCCAGUGUAAUAUUUUAUUGUUUUUAGCCAAAAAUGGUUACAUGUUUUCAUUCAGUUUUGAAUAAAAUUUAUCCCUU